CCAUCUUAGAUUUGACUCUUGGUUGAGAGUGAGUUUGGAACUUGAAAGAAACUAGAAUGGCCACUUUAGACGAACGCCCUUCUGCGAAAAGGUGGCUUCCUCUCGAAGCUAACCCUGACGUCAUGAACCAGUUCCUUUGGGGUCUUGGCCUUCCAGUGGAUGAGGCAGAGUGCGGUGAUGUGUUUGGCUUAGAUGAAGAGCUUCUGGAAAUGGUUCCCAAGCCAGUUCUCGCCGUGCUUUUUCUUUAUCCAAUUACCGCGAAGUCUGAAGAAGAAAGGUUGCAACAGGAAAACGUAAAAAAGGAUUAUAGCAGUAAAGUAUAUUUCAUGAAGCAAACCGUGGGUAAUGCUUGUGGUACAAUAGGGCUGCUUCAUGCACUUGGGAACAUAACCUCUGAAGUCAAGCUUGUUGAGGGUUCAUUCUUUGAUAAGUUCUUUAAAUCUACUGCAAGCAUGGAUCCAUUGCAGCGGGCUGUAUUUCUUGAGAAUGACAGAGAGAUGGAAGUUGCUCAUUCAGUAGCCGCCACUGCUGGUGAUACAGUGGCAUCAGAUAAUGUGGACACUCAUUUCAUCUGCUUUGCUUGUGUGGAUGGUGAACUGUAUGAGCUUGAUGGAAGAAAGUCAGGACCAAUAUCUCAUGGUCCAUCCUCACCAAGUACUUUGUUGAGGGAUGCAGCUAAAGUCAUCCAGAGCAUGAUUCAGAAAAAUCCAGGUUCUCUCAACUUCAAUGUCAUUGCAAUAUCAAAGAAAUCCAAGGAUGGACAUUAAGGCAGUCUAUUUGGGUGAAGUAAUUCUUGAAGUUAUCUGCAGUAUAAUCCCCAGUCAUCCAUGCAGCUUUAUUCACUUUCCCUGUAUGUUUGUAUGCUCGGAUUUUUAUUUUCAGUCAGUGGCAUAUCAGGUUGAGCAUUUUUCGUUUCAAAUAGAUGCAGUGCGAGUAACUUUGAGCUAAAAGAACAAACUGAGCUAAAAGUUGGGUUAACUGGCGUUUUGAUUUUAAUUUUUUUUAAUAAAAAAUAAUUCAAGCAA